CUUUGAUAUAGCAAACUAAAAAUACAGAAAGAGAGAGAGAGAGAGUUAACUAGGAAAACGAUGAAGAUGAUGAAAGGAGUGAGUUUGAAUACAUAUUUAUCAAACUAUAGUCUGGUGGUGCUACUAAAUCUCCUCUUUGCAGUCCUAACUUGUUUAGAGAUCACAGGAGCUCAAAACUGUGGCCCUAGUGGCAAUGUCACGGGUACACAACCACCACCAGGUAAAUGCAACAGGGAGAACAACUCCCAGUGCUGCAAACCAGGACAUCGUUACUCAACGUUCACAUGUUCACCUCAUCCUAAUCAUCAAGCCAUCUUGACUCUCAAUGGCUUCGGGCCAAGGGAAGAUGGUGGUAGUGAAUCAAAAUGUGAUAAUCGAUUUCACAAUAACAAUACUCCGAUUGUAGCACUAUCGACGGGAUGGUUCGGAUACAGGAAUCAGAAAAGGUGUAUGCAUAACAUAGCCAUAACAGGGAAUGGGAAGACAGUUACCGCCAUGGUUGUAGAUGAGUGCGACUCGACUAGAGGUUGUGAUAAAGAACAUGCUUACCAACCACCAUGCCACAACAAUAUAGUUGAUGCUUCAAAAGCAGUAUGGACAGCCUUGGGUGUUCCAGAAGGGUCAGCCAAAUAUGGCCAUAUGCAUGUCACCUGGGUUGAUGCUUAAACAUAGCUGAGUUAAAGUUUGGUGAACAAAUUGUGUGUCCUCGAUGGAUAUGUAACUUGUAUGAAAGCUGUUUUAUGUUUGCUAAGUUUUUACCUAAAACUAAUGAUGUAAUGUAUGCUACGAUGUCGGUGGUAGUACACUCGAAUAAAUAAAGCUUCCAACUUUUGUGUAAGAA